AACUAGGAAGACGGGAACUGUGGCGGGGCAGGACCCGGGGCCUCCGCGGAGGGGCUCCGGGUCUGGGCUCCGGGUCGCGGCUACGCGGACUGUAGUGUGAGCGCCGCCGGCUGGGGUGCGGAGAGCGGACCGGGCGGCUGCUCUUCUGUAAGGCGCUUGAGUUUUAAAAAAAUGAAACUUUGUUCCUGUGACACUUUCGUGGCAUUACCUCCAGCAACAGUUGAUAACAGGAUUAUUUUUGGAAAAAAUUCAGAUAGACCCUGCGAUGAAGUACAAGAGGUGGUUUAUUUUCCUGCUGCAGUUCAUGAUAACCUGAGAGAACAUCUUAAGUGUACUUACAUAGAAAUUGAUCAAGUCCCUGAAACAUAUGCUGUUGUCCUUAGUCGCCCAGCUUGGUUAUGGGGGGCAGAAAUGGGAGCCAAUGAGCAUGGAGUUUGUAUUGGGAAUGAAGCUGUAUGGGGAAGAGAAGAAGUUUGUGAUGAAGAGGCAUUAUUAGGCAUGGACCUUGUCAGGCUUGGCCUCGAAAGAGCUGAUACAGCUGAAAAAGCCCUCAAUGUCAUUGUUGAUUUAUUAGAAAAAUAUGGCCAGGGUGGAAAUUGUUCCGAGGGUAGGAUGGUGUUUAGCUAUCACAACAGUUUCCUGAUAGCGGAUAGGAAUGAAGCCUGGAUUCUGGAGACUGCAGGAAAGUACUGGGCAGCAGAAAAAGUACAAGAGGGAGUUCGUAAUAUUUCUAAUCAGCUUUCUAUAACAACCAAGAUUGAUCGGGAACACGCAGACAUGAGGAACUAUGCUAAGCAGAAAUGUUGGUGGGAUGGUAAAAAGGAAUUUGAUUUUGCUGCGACAUACUCUUAUCUUGACACAGCCAACAUGAUGAUUUCACCAGGCAGAUACUGUGAAGGCUACAAGCUUCUGAAUAAACACAAAGGAAACAUAACUUUUGAAACAAUGAUGGAAAUUCUCCGAGAUAAACCAAGUGGCAUUAAUAUGGAGGGAGCAUUCCUGACUACUGCAAGCAUGGUUUCUAUUUUACCUCAAGACUCCAGCCUUCCCUGCAUUCACUUCUUUACAGGGACUCCUGAUCCUGAGAGGUCUGUUUUUAAGCCUUUCAUAUUUGUACCGAAUAUUUCACAACUAUUGGACACCAGUUCACCAACAUUUGAACUUGAAGAUCCAAUUAAAAAGAAGCCACAUUUUAAGAGUAAGCCUGACAGAAGACACCCACUCUACCAAAAACAUCAACAAGCAUUGGGAGCAGUAGAUAAUAAUGAGGAAAAAGCCAAAACAAUGUUGGACAACAUGAAGAAACUGGAGAAAGAACUAUUCAAAGAGAUGGAAUCAGUCCUGCAAAACAAGCAUCUUGAUGUGGAUAAAAUUGUUAAUCUCUUUCCUCAGUGUACAAAAGAUGAGAUUAGAAUUUAUAAGUCAAAUAUUAGUUCUUAGAUCAUAUAAAUGGUCAGCAGUUUUCCUCAAAGUCAGAAUCUAUCUUUUUUUUUUGGUGAGGAGAGAUUGGCCCUGAACUAACAUCUGUUGCCAAUCUUCUUUUUUUUUCCUCCCCAAAGCGCCAGUACAUAGUUGUAUAUCCUAGUUGUAAGUCAUUCUGGUUCUUCUCUGUGGGAUGCCACUGCAGCAUGGCUUGAUGAGUGGUGCAUAGUUCCACGCCCAGGAUCCGAACUGGCAAAUCCUGGGCCGCCAAAACAGAGCACAUGAACUUAACCACUUGGCCAUGGGGCUGGCCCCAGAAUGUAUCAUCUUGGUAAAUGAUAUAAACCUAUUUGGAGCAGAUCUGAUUAUUUUUAAAUAGCAUUCAAAUGAUAGUUUGACUAUUAAAACUAUAUAUAACCUUGCUGAAAUACUGAGAAAGAAAAUAACGUUGAAAUUGGACACAUUUAUCGUGGGAUAGCCAGGUGUUACUUCAGGUACCAACUUGUGUUAUUUUUUUUUAGCUACAAUACCUUUUUUAGAAUCAGAAUAAAUAUUCAAUUCUGCAUAAAGCAUGAAACAUUAAAAUAAUGCAUGGAUUUAUGUUUAUUAUAAUUAUGUAGUAUCCUCAAAUAAUUUUCUCAAUUACAACAAAGUAGAUUUUUUUUUAGUAAUGGAAAAUAUUAUCUCAAGUAUUGAGUUUUUUGUGCUUUAGGCAAAUAUUAACCAGUUCAAACAAAAUUUUCUAGAUUUACACAAAAAGUCAUUACAGUGUAUUAAUUCUGCAAAUGCACUUUUGUUAAACUCAAACAUGCUCUUGGUCAAGACUUGGCUGACCAGUGAGCUUUUGGCUCUAAUUAUCUAGCCUUUUCUUUGGCCAUGCCCCUUAAUCGGCUUUUAUGUUAAUAUUUUUAGAAGAGCUUGUCUGGGAGAUUAGGAAAUGGGAUAAGGGAACCAAGACCUUGGGCGAUACCGUUUCUGUGUCUCAGAUCUCUCUCAUCUUUUACUUCUGUUCACUCAGUGAAAACAGGAAUAGCAAUAAGAUGGUGGCAAUGAAAUAGAAUUAUUAGUGUAUUAUGAACAUCAUAAAUGAGCGAUAAUAUCUGCCCAAAGUUUAUAAAACUUUGUUGAAGUUACAUAGAGAUUACCAAGUAAGGCUCAAAGUUGCAAAUAUAAACAAAAGAAAAAUCCAACUCAAAAUAACACUUUGUAUUUAUUAGUUUCUAGAAAUGUCCAUCGUAAGUAUUUUAUUACAUUGUCAUAUUUAUUGGUUACUAUCAUUUGCAAUUAGGAUUAUUACUAAAGUAGAAGAUCAUUAUAUUUAAAGAGUACCCAGGAAAUUAGUCUUUUUAAAGUUCUCUCAUAAAAACCAUAAUCUGCCUGCUAUUGCUCUUGUCUGAUAGAGGGCUGCCAUUAUAAAAGAAAAGAUCUCUGUCUCAAGUACUCAGUUGAUUGUGUGUUUGCCUUUCGUAUGGUUCAGUGAUAGGUUCUCCCUAAAUCAUGAAGACUCUUCGCCAACCUCCGUACACCUCCCCUCUCUCUCUUUUUGAAGAUAUGAGGAAACUAAGGGUAAGCUGUUCAUUGAUUUAUCCAGGGAUACAUACUUGAAUCUUAUUUCUCUCUGUAGGGCCAGCAUGUUUCCACUUUCUCCUUCAACUCCAUCCUAGACCAGACUAGCACCAUCUCUCACCGGGACCACUGCAGUUAACUGUUCGACACCCGUUUUUGUUCUUUAUCUCCAUCCACGUGAGUCACUGCAGCCAGAGUGAUCUAUUACAAACUUAAAUCUGACCAUGAAUUUCCCUCCUAAAACUUUUUUUCUUAAGUAGACUUUAUCUUUUAGAGCAGUUUUAGGUUUAGAGCAAAAUUGAGCAGAAAGUACAGCGUUCCCAUGUACCCUGUCCCACGCCCCCCUACUAUCAACAUCCCACACCAGAGAAGUAUCUUUGCUACAAUUGUUGAACAUACAUUGACUCAUCAUUAUCACCCAAGAUCCUUAGUUUACAUUAGGGCUCACUCAUUGUACACUCUAUGGGUUUGGACAAAUGUAUAACGACAUGUAUCCACUGUUAUAGUAUUGUAUGGAACAGUUUUACUGCCCUAAAAAUGUUCUGUGCUCCAUCUAUUCAUCCCUCCCCCUAACUCUGGCAACCACUGAUCUUUUUAUUGUCUUCAUAGUUUUGCCUUUUCCAGAACAUCAUAUAUUUGGAAUCAUACAGUAUGUAGUCUUUUCAGAUUGGCUCUUUAACUUACUUAGUAAUAUGGAUUUAAGGUUCCUCCAUGUCUUUUUAUGGCUUGAUAGCUCAUUUCUUUUUAGUGCUGAUUAAUAUUUCAUUGUCUGGAUAUCUUGGUUGCUGAUAUCCACUACUGAAGGACAUCUUGGUUGCAUCCAUGUUUUGGCAAUUAUGAAUAAAGCUGCUAUAAACAUC